UAUUCAAAUCGAACCGGAAACCAGCGUCAUUUUGGGCCAAUCUCCGCGCUCUGGAGUGACAUAAUGGAAUUUUUAGGGCUAGAAAACGAGCGAGGUCUGGCGCUGCGCAUAGCGGUCGUGCCAUCGGGAAAAGACAAUAUCAUCCGCGCGAAGGAGUGAAACACUAGAGCCCAUCAGGCACAACAACCCAAGUGGUCGCCUGACAGGGCGACUGCUAGUACACAAGAAGCGGAUAGAGAAACAGGAUCACAUAAAAUAAGGGUCAGCUGAUUUCCUCGUGUUUGGAUGUGCCUGUUUGUCAGUCGUUAAUGCGUAACGCUGAGCACUCCCUCAUGUGAGGGUGUAGAAUGGAAACAACCCUCUGCCCAGGCGCCGUUGUGAAUACUCCGAGGGUGUCCAGCAUUUAUUCCCAGGCCACGAUGAUGAAGAAGGAAAUAAAUCUGAACCUGGACGACCAGAACUCUGAGCUCAAGUCAAACCCCCUCCGGGACACAGACGGACUUCUCAAUUCCCCAGACUUGGGACUUCUGAAACUAACCUCUCCGGACCUAGAGCGCCUUAUUAUCCAGUCCAACGGUCUGGUCACCGCCGCCAACCCCACUUCCCAGUUCCUCUACCCGAAAUCUGCCAGUGACGAGCAGGAGUUCGCUGAGGGUUUCGUUAAGGCGCUGGAGAAUCUUCACAAGCAGAACCAGUUGAGCGAAACUGGGUGCGUGUCUGUGGAUAGACUGGAGCUCAUCGGGUCCUCCAACGCAGUCGGGACCGCUGGGCUUCAGACAGCAGACCUUCCUGUUUACACUACUUUGAACGGCUAUGCAACCAGUCCGCUCGGAGCCACCACCAUCAACUACUCCACGGACACCAUCCCCUUCCCGCCGCCUCCGUCUCAUCUGGCCAGCACGCAGCAACAGGCGGCUGCUGGGGACGAGCCCCAGACGGUACCAGACAUGCAGAGCUUGGGGGACAGCCCUCCUCUGUCCCCUAUUGACAUGGACAACCAGGAGCGCAUCAAGGCGGAGAGGAAAAAGCUGCGGAACAGGAUAGCCGCCUCCAAAUGCCGCAAGAGAAAGCUAGAGAGAAUCUCUCGGCUGGAGGACAAGGUCAAGACCCUGAAAACGCAGAAUACAGAGCUGGCCUCCACAGCCAGCGUCCUCAGGGAGCAAGUGGCCCAGCUGAAACAGAAGGUGAUGAACCAUGUCAGCAGCGGGUGCCAGCUUUUACCAAACCAGGUGCAAGCUUACUAAACCACAGUGAUGGUGCUGUUCACGGAUGUUUUUACAGCUCUCAACAUGCUCUGAGGAUACGGGCCUGUGUUAUGAGAAACAUUAACCUUUUGUAAGCUAAAAUCCUAUCAGAGACUUCAUCUGAGGACAAUGUAAAUGCACUCUCCAGAUGGAAGGCUGUAACUGAGAAACAUUUGCAUUGCACUGCAUUGAAAUGAACAGGCCUUGAAGGGAGCUGCAAGUGAACAACUUGAAAAUAACAGGUUAACCAGUAGCAGGUAUGGGCUGCAUCUUCUUCUGAUUCAUCAAAAUCUGCCAGAGUUAUGCAGCAACCAGAACUGUCUUCAUCGCCCUAACUUUUGGGAAGCCAUGUAGCAAACUGCUAUCCAGUGGACUGGUGCAGGAUAGCAAUGUGUGUAAGCUGAACAAUCGACGAGAGGCCAACUAAAGGUGUCUCCAAGUGCUGCCAUCCACUGUGUAAUAUAAUGCCUUACUUGUUUACAAGCACUUAGUAAUGACAAAUAUAUAUAUUUUAUUUACUGAAUAUUAUUUUUCUUUAAGGUCUUAUUUCUUGUUACUUUUUUUUCUCAAAAAUGAACACUGCAUGUCUUGUUGCUUUAGUGUACAGUAACCAUUGUACUUUUCCCUUCGGUGGCUGGUGUGUAGCUCUUCAGUCACCAGACUUACAUGAAUGUAUGUGUACAUGCUGAGAAUUCCCAUGUAUCCACAUGUAACGUACUUUCAAGUCUCUGACAUUUAUUAAAUUCACUA